AUGCCUGAUCUUGAAAUAUAUGGCAGGAUCCUACCAGAGGGACCAGCUUGUGAAGUAGACAGUCACAAAAGUAAUGCAGAGGAAGAAAAUGAGGAGAAUGCAUGCCCCGAUGGUGCAGGUGAUUGUGAGAUGAAGAUAGAAAUGAACUGCAAAGAGUAUUUACGAGAUGACGAGAUUCUUGCACAGUCAAAAACAGUUAUGGAAUGUGAUUCAGAUGGUGGCGAACUUUUUUCUGAUGAUUCAGAAGAAGAGUUUUUAACACAGGCACUGAGAGAAGAUGACUCAUCUAAUACUAAUGAUUCUGAUUCUUCAGAUACAGAUAAUGGAAGUUUACAGUCUAGAUAUUCAAAGCGAAAUUCGGGUUCGCGAGCCACAUCCGAGCCUACCACAACAAGGACAGAGAAGACUGACGGAGUCGCUGUCGCCGGACACGGCGAGGAGGACAUCAUUUCUGGAAGAAAGAGCGUCAAGUACGCUACGGCCAGAGCUGCGACGUCAAGUGGGCCAGAAGCGUGUAUUGGAGCUGAGGGUGUGGCGGAUCGCCGCUUCGUCAGCAGCCCCAUCCGGCCCAUUCAACCGGAUCACGAGAUGGCUAGCCCCACGGACACCACAGCUGCGCCAGGGAGUGCUGCAUCUUCCGGCGGCGACUUGCCUCCGUCGCAGUCCUCUCCUGUUGACACAUCUGGCCGACAUGGCAUCGAUUCAGAAAUCGAUGACACCGCCCAUAACGAGUGGCACGUAGUCACCCCACGGAGGGACAGACGCCGUGCUGCAGGACGCAGACCACCGCCCCCGGACCGACGGCGCAUCAUACCGCCCAGUCCGCGUAACAGCGGCCCGGCGCGAGCCAACGCGCCUGGGCGGCCGGCGCGAGCUACACCUCGUGUAUCUCGCGCCGGCGGCAGGGCGCAGGCGACCGCUGGGCCAUCUGUUGGCGGCGCGGCGAACAACAGCCGCGGUGCGCUGGGCCCGAGCGCCAGGCCGGCGCGAGCUACACCUCGAGACGCCCGGCCGGCGCGGGCUACACCGGCCACCCCUACGACCACUGCGCCAUCUGGUAGCGAUCGUCGGGCACCCAGUCCGCGUAGCAGCGGCCCGGGGCGAGCCGGCGCGUCCGGUCAGCCGGCGCGAGCUACACCCCGUGUUUCUCGCGCCGGCGGCGGGCCGCUGGCGACCGCCGGGCCAUCUGUUGGCGGCGCGGCGAACACCAGCCGCGGUGCGCCCGACCCGAGCGCCAGGCCGGCGCAAGCUACACCGGCCCCUGCUGCUACCGCUGCGCCACCUGUCACCAGCGCGGCGAUCGAAAGCAGCACUGAGCGGCCCACGCCAGAUGGCAGCACGGCACCACCACCGACGCAGACGACGGAGCGGCGCGACGUGAACGGAGGGACUGCAGCUGCGUCUCCGAGAACUGGCAGCAAGAAGAGGAGACGCCGACGCCGUAACACCCGGCCCAGUCCCAACCUCCCGCCGCAAGGCUCCCGUCCUACACCAGACCUGACAGGCCCCCCUGUACCCUCCGAACAGGGCGCAACUGAGGCAGCUCCGCCCCCCCCUCCCCCGGCCGACGCUCGGCUAACGGAGAGGCAGCGGCGCUGGCUGGCGGCCCUGGAGAGCGUCCACAACCAACCGUGGGACGCAUUCGUCGCGGCCGUCGAGGAUUUCAUCGCCGAGAUCGCCGAGACGAAGCCACAACGCCAGGCAGCCGGAGGUCGACAGGAUGGGCCACCAGCAGCAGCGCACCGCGGCCAGGGCCGCGCCGACGCUGCUGCCAAUCCCCCUCCCCCUGCCCCUACACGCGGCCGCGAUGCACCAGCUGCUGUCCCGGACUUUGCCGCCACCACGCCUCCUGAUGUCAGCGAGGAGGUCCUGCUGCCGAUCACACCUUCAGAGGUGCAACAGCGGCUCCAGAAGGCGAGCAAUACUGCUCCUGGGGCCGACGGAGUCACCUACUCGGACUUGCGACGUGAGGAUCCUGGCUGCCACGUGCUAGCUAAGAUCUUCUCGCGCUGCUGGAAAGAGCGGAAGACUCCGGUGCAGUGGAAAAUAUCCACUACCGUCCUCAUCCACAAGAAAGGGGACGUCUCGGACGUGACAAACUGGCGGCCUUUAGCAUUGAGCUCUACCAUCUCUAAGCUCUUUGCUGCAAUCGUUGCGGACCGCACUUCUCUCUGGGCGGAGCGGUUGAACCUGCUCUCCCCAGAACAGAAGGGUUUCCGCACGUUUGAAGGCUGCUACGAGCACAACUUCAUUGUGCAGACGGCAAUUGAUGAUGCAAGGCGCAGGGGAGGCCAAGCAUGCUUUGCUUGGCUUGAUCUGGCGAAUGCUUUUGGCUCAGUGCCUCACGCUCACCUCCUUGGAGUACUGAGCAGGAUGGGACUACCAGAGCAAUUGCACCAUCUAACUGCCGACAUGUACGAUGGUUGUUCCACCCGCGUCCGUACAUCUGACGGACUAACGGAGGAGAUAGAGAUCCAGGCGGGGGUCAAGCAGGGCUGUCCACUGUCGCCCAUCGUCUUUAAUCUCGCGCUCGAGCCGGUACUUCGCGCCGCAACCUCGCUCAGGAAUGAGUGUGGUAUUCCGCUUAGCGGCGUCAGUGUGAGUGCACUGGCGUAUGCGGACGAUAUCGUGCUUCUGGCGCGGGAUUCGGAGGCGAUGCAGACGCUCCUCAAUGUUGUGGGUGAGGCGGCGACGUGGGCCGGGCUUACCUUCAAGCCGUCGAAGUGUGCCACGCUUCACAUCCGCCGUCGGCAGACACUAGGCUCGGUAUUCGCCCUGCAAGGGGGAGAACCAGCCGUGCUCGGUGCGGGUGACGCCUACCUCCAUCUUGGCGUUCCCACCGGGUACAAAGUCUCGCAGACGCCAACGGAUGCGAUCGCGGCAAUUCGACGCGACUUGCAGCACCUGGACGCUUCCCUGCUGGCUCCCUGGCAGAAGAUUGACGCUGUGCGUGUCUUUCUCCUCCCUAGGCUUGACUUUGUCAUGCGGGGAGGAGCGGUACGCAAGGGGCCGCUAUCUGCACUCGACAAGGCAGUGAAAGCGGCUGUCAAAUCAUGGCUGUUCCUCCCACAGCGUGCGUCCACCGAACAGCUGUACCUCGCGCUGGGAGAGGGAGGAUGCGGCCUGACGCCGCUCGCGGACGCUGCGGACAUCUCGACGAUCGUCCAUGGCUUCCGCAUGCUGCACUGCGACGACGCCACCGUCCGCGACAUCGCCUGGGCCACACUAACUACGGCCGCGCGCCGCCGACUGGGGAGGGAGCCGAGUCGUUUCGACUUGGCCACCUACCUUAGCGGCAGCACUGAGGGUGACCUCGCACGCGACGGAGGUGACAUCCAGUCACUGUGGACGCGCGUCAGGAACGCCACAAGGCGCCUAGCGCCGCGUGGCGUCACCUGGCGCUGGAGUGAACUGCUUUGUGAGUUGCAGGUGGAGGUCGGCGGCCGACCCGCCAUCGCUGACGACGCGGAACACGGCGGCAUCGGAGGGGUGACGCAGCCGGCCACGGAGGGGACGGCGCCUGGGACUACACGACACCUCGAAGAUGGCGGCGAUGGACCGCAGCACGAUGAUGACAGCGUGGGACGCACCGCCAACACUGGCGUCGAGAAACCGGACCAGGGGAAGGUGUUUGAGUGCACCAGGGAGUCCACAGCGUCCAACCACUUCAUAGCGGGAGGCAAAUACACCCGCUUCGCAGACUGGCGCUUUAUCCAUCGCGCCAGGCUCGGAGUCGUGCCUCUGAACGGUUGUCGCCGCUUUGAUGGGCGGGCCAACAACAACAAAGCCUGCCGACGCUGUGGCCACAACAACGAGACGCUCCCGCACGUAAUUAACGCGUGCAUGGUGCACUCAGCAGCCCUGCAGUACCGCCACAACGCGGUCCUCAACCGCCUCGCGACAGCAGUCGCAGGGCGGCCAAGAAGAGGAAACACUGCUGUUCCUGACAUCAGGAUCAACCAAGCCGUCAUAGGGGACAGCAGUGGGCUGCGUCCGGACCUCGUAAUAACUGACGAGGUCGCGAAGACUGUAACCAUCGUUGAUGUGACAAUCCCCUUCGAGAACAGGCGGAUUGCGCUCGACAACGCUCGGCAACUGAAGAGGAUAAAGUACGCCGACGUUGCGCGCGGAUUAGCCGCUCGCGGCUAUUCCGUCACUGUCGACGCCCUGGUUGUCGGCAGUCUGGGGGCGUGGGACCGCCAGAACGAUGAACGAUGCAGUGCUUCGGCACCUAGGCAUCGGUAG